UUGAUUUCGAUCUCAUCCGCCGCCUUUCCUUCCAAGAGCAUGAUAGAUGCCGAUUAAGUACAAAACCAAUACAUGCGAUCGAUAGUAUCAAGAGAUAAGAAGCUUUCAAACCUCCAUUGAACGGAAAUCAGUCUCUAUCACAAACCGAUCCUCCUGCGGGGAAUAUCUUCAACAAAGCACACUCGAACCCCAGAGCCAGAACAAUCCAAGCCGAAAGGACGCUCCUUUAUCAUGUCAGAUAAGUUGACUCGAAUUGCUAUUGUCAAUAGUGACAAAGUAUACCCCGCAUCCAUGUCCCCCUUUAUCCCAGCUUUCGAUCCAAUAUCCUCGUACCCUUACCAUUCCCUAAUUCAUGUUGCUGAUUGCCAGUCUCCAUAUUUAACAGUGCAAACCAAAGAAAUGUCGCCAGGAGUGCAAAAAGUCCUGCCCUGUUGUGAGGACAGGGAAAUUGUGCAUUGAAGUUACACCAGAAUCGAAAAUUGCUUUCAUAUCGGAGAGGCUAUGCAUAGGAUGCGGUAUCUGUCCAAAAAAAUGUCCCUUCGGUGCCAUCCACAUUAUCAAUCUCCCCACAAACCUUGAGACUCAGGUAACGCACCGCUAUUCAGCCAACAGCUUUAAGCUUCACCGGUUACCUAUGCCACGCCCCGGGCAAGUCCUUGGUUUAGUCGGGACAAAUGGUAUUGGGAAAAGCACUGCACUGAAGAUUCUUAGUGGGAAGCUGAAACCCAACCUUGGCCGGUACGACAAUCCUCCUGAUUGGGAGGAAAUUUUGAAAUAUUUCCGUGGUUCAGAACUACAGAAUUACUUUACAAAGGUCCUUGAAGAUGAUCUUAAAGCUGUUGUGAAGCCCCAAUAUGUUGACCAAAUCCCUAAAGCCGUUAAAGGACCUGUAAGAUCUGUAGCCCCUCUAAUCAAGGCGCGGUCUCAAAUGGAUAAUAUGGAACACAUUAUGGAAGUUUUAGAACUUAACCAGGUUAAAGACCGUGAUAUUAGUUUAUUAUCCGGUGGAGAACUACAGCGUUUUGCAAUUGCCCUUGUGUGUGUUCAGCAAGCAGAUGUUUACAUGUUCGACGAGCCGUCCUCAUACUUGGAUGUGAAACAGCGUCUAAGCGCAGCUCGGACCAUCCGAGAAUUGUUACGACCCGAUGACUAUGUCAUUGUCGUGGAACACGAUUUGUCGGUCCUUGAUUACCUGUCCGAUUUUAUCUGCGUUCUUUACGGCCGCCCAGCCGUUUAUGGCGUUGUAACGUUGCCUGCAUCGGUCCGCGAGGGUAUAAACAUCUUCUUGGAUGGGCAUAUCCCCACUGAAAAUCUUCGCUUUCGAGAGGAAUCUUUGACCUUUCGAAUUGCGGAAGCUGGUGAUGAUUUCAUUGUCGAUCAAGGCAGGGCUUUUAGUUAUCCCGCGAUGGAGAAAACUCUCGGCUCUUUUCAUCUCAGCAUCGAAGCUGGCAGAUUUACGAAUUCUGAAAUUGUCGUCAUGAUGGGAGAAAAUGGAACAGGUAAAACCACAUUUUGCAAAAUGUUAGCUGGAGUGGAGAAACCCGACGGUGGCAAGGCUGUUCCCGCAAUGAAUAUUAGUAUGAAGCCUCAGAAAAUCACGCCCAAGUUUCAAGGAACCGUUCGCCAAUUGUUUUUUAAACGCAUCAAGGCGGCGUUCCUCUCUCCCCAGUUCCAGACAGACGUUUAUAAGCCUCUCAAAAUCGAUGAUUUUAUCGAUCAAGAGGUCCAAAAUCUCUCUGGCGGAGAACUUCAGCGAGUUGCUAUCGUUUUGGCCUUGGGAAUACCCGCGGAUAUCUAUCUGAUUGACGAGCCAAGUGCGUAUCUCGACUCGGAGCAACGUAUUGUUGCAGCUCGCGUCAUCAAGCGCUUCAUUAUGCAUACCAAGAAGACCGCAUUUAUUGUCGAACACGAUUUCAUUAUGGCUACUUAUCUUGCUGAUCGAGUUAUUGUUUUCGACGGGAAACCAUCAAUAGAUGCAAGAGCAAAUAAGCCUGAAUCACUCCUAACAGGUUGCAACAGGUUCUUAAAGAACCUGGAUGUGACUUUCCGGCGUGAUCCUAACAGCUAUCGGCCAAGAAUCAAUAAAGACAAGAGCCAGCUGGAUCAGGAACAAAAGUUGAGCGGAAAUUAUUUCUUCCUCGAAGAGGAGAGUUAACAUGAGGGACACCGCAGAAUUUAGUGGACAGCUGGGAGCCAAAUAACUACACGAAAAUUACCAAAUGUUCCGUGCCAGAAAUCCUUGACUGACAUAUGCUUUUUGAGAUUGAAGCAACUCUGCUACUUUGUCAGCUACUUGGUGCUAAAAUAGAUAUCCGGACAACCUUAUCUGGUUUUCAAGGUUGUACAAUGACACAUAUGACCUGCAGACUAUGAAAUACGGUUGCCAUUGUGUUUCCCGGUCAUCUUGAACAAUGACUGUGACCACUAGAAAAAAAGUGUUUCUAGAAAGAUGACUACAGUUUACGAUGUCUAAGAUU